AUGCCCGAUUGGCUCGUCCAGAUCUCCGAUCACCGGGACGCCUACGGCGAGGUCAGCGAGACGGUGCUACAGGCGCGGCGCGAUAACUUCACGGUGCACGCGGCGCACAACAAGCGGCACGUCGAGGCCGGGCACGUGGUGGUGUCGGGGCCGCUGCUGGCGUCGCACGACGACGAGCCGCGGCGCCCCGUCGGCAGCGUCAUGGUCUGGAGCGCCCGCAGCGAGGCCGAGGUGCGCGCGUGGCUGCGCGAGGAUCCCUACGCGCAGGCCGGCGUCUGGGACCUGGCGAGGGCGACGGUGACGCCGUACUUUUGUGCUGUCCGGACGCCAAUGUGA